UUUAUAUACAUAUAUUUUAGUUUUACAAGAUGAAGAGAUAUACCUUCAAUGAAGUAGCUAAUCAUACUUCUACCAAGUCUUGUUGGGUUAUUUAUGACAAGAAAGUAUACGAUGUCACCGAAUUUAUGAUGGAUCAUCCAGGUGGAGAUGAUCUUAUUUUGGACUAUGCUGGGAAAGAUGUUACAGCUGUGAUGAAGGAUGUAAUGGAACACGAACAUUCUGAAGCUGCUUAUGAUAUUUUGGCUGACUAUUGUAUUGGUGAAUUGGAUGACAACAAACAAUGCUUCUCAUCAUCAGUAACAGUGGAUAAAAAGCAAGCUCUUCAUCGACAACGCAUGCAAUUAUUGGAACAACUAGAAGAAAGCAAGACGUAUGGUAUGGCGGACUUCCAUCCCAAGGAAACGGAUGCUAAUGCAGACAUCAAGACUCAUCAGUUUUUGGAUCUUCGUAAAGCAUUGAUUCCUCAAUUCUUCACUAGUUCUUUUACCAAGGAAUUUUAUUUGGAACAAGUACACAAACCACGUUACUUACCCACUCCUGCCAUCUUUUUUGGACAUCCUUUGUUGGAACCCUUGAGCAAAACGGUGUGGUAUGUGGUUCCUUUACUUUGGUUACCUUUUUCAGCCUAUCAAUUGUAUAUUUCCAGUACUUAUGACAUGAUUCCUUUGACUUGUUUCUCUUUUGUAUUGGGUAUCUUGAUUUGGACUCUAUUGGAAUAUCUUUUACAUCGUUUCUUAUUCCAUGUUGAUGAUUAUUUACCUGAUCAUCAGAUUGCCUUUUUAUUACAUUUCACUCUUCAUGGAUUUCAUCAUUAUUUACCAAUGGAUAGAUUACGACUUGUGAUGCCUCCUACAUUGGGUAUUGUUAUUGCCUAUCCUUUAAUCAACUUGGGUCACUUUUUAUUCCCUCCUAUCAUGGCAUAUGCGGUUAUUUCUGGUGGUGUUUUGGGUUAUGUGAUGUAUGAUUGUAUUCAUUAUUAUCUACAUCAUGCAAAGGUAUUUGAAUUCCAUUUCAAGGAAAUGAAGAAGUAUCAUAUGGCGCAUCAUUACAAGAACUAUGAAGAUGGUUAUGGUAUUACUUCUAAAUUAUGGGAUGUUAUCUUUGGUACUGUGUUGAAAUAUGGCCCAAUGACUACGAAUGAAUAGAUUAUUGAUGUUUCAUCGUUGAUAUGUUUUAUUAUUACUUAUAUAUACACUCAUCAUUCCCUCUUCUUCAUCUCUUUCUACAACUUAUUUUUCUUUUACAUAUAAUCCAUUUUUAAUAUUUUGUUUUUUUUUCUAUUAUUACAUAUAUUAGUAUUAUUAUUUGUUAUCUUCUACCUAUUAAUCCCCUCUCUCUCUCUUUGAUUUUUAAUAAAAUCCUAAUUUACUAUAGUAUUC